AUGGCUCAUAAUUCAAAAAACGAACAAAGCAUUGUCACAGCUUGGACACCGGAUUUGUUCGGUCCUAUUUUUAAGAAGGAAAGUUUGACAUUAAAAGAGGUAUUGAAUUUGCGCAAUGUAGAUGAACAGAUUCAUCUUAUGGCGACUUUUGUCCCUGACGAGCUAAUAUACAAAACUGAUCUGUUGGAGAAAAGUUUUCAUAGUUUUCAAGCUACUUUAAUGUAUUUAAAUAUUCCGGACUUAACUGCAUUGUUAAAUAAUUACAUCCACAUCAUGGUCAACCAGAUAUACUGCAGUGAUGGAGAUGUACUGAAGUUUUCAGUUGACGGGAUAUUAGCGAUGUGGAAAGUACACGAUGGCGAAUUCAUGUUUAAUGUUGUGCAAAAAGUAAUCGUACAUGCGAUGGAUAUACAAAACUGUAUAGCAGCUUUGAAAAAGGAUCAUGAAACUUCUAAAGUGAACAUAACGAUUUCGGCUGGAGAAGUAAUGUUCUCCAUAAUUGGUAGCGAGGAAACUCGUCAUUUUGUGAUGUCUGGUUUGCCGAUUGAAGAGUUAAAACAUGCCAAGAAAAUUUCCAUGCCAGGUGAUUUGGUAUUAUCAUUGAGCGCAUGGCAACAUUGUUCACCGAGUCAAUACGAAUAUGUCAUCAAAGACGCAAAUAACAUCAAGAUAUUAAAACUGUUAAAACUGUCGGAGACAAAAUUAAUUACACCGAUGUCCUUAAAUGACUCAGUUGACAAUCAGGUUCACAUUAAUUCAGAUCAUAAAACAUUUAUAAACAGAAAACUUGUAACAAAUUCUAUCAAACCAUCAAUAUUUGAUAGGAAACGCGCACUAUCUAUUAAUAGCAAAGCGUAUUCCGAAAUAUCAUUUGCUAAAAAAGUGCAACAGCAAGUUCCUACAGAAUAUGCUGUUCUACAUGAAAUAUAUCCAACAGCAAUUUCUACGAUAGCAGCGACGAAUCCGAAUUUUGGCACAUUGUUAAAAAGCUACUUGAUAAAACCCGUGGUCCAGCAGAUUGAAAAGAAUGAAUCAUUAAAACAUUUGGCGGAUGUCAGACGAAUUACCGUAAUGUUUCUCGAUAUUAUUCCCAAUAAAUGUUCCGAGAAUGAAUUAAUCCGUUUGACCGAUAAAUGCUUUCUACUUUUGCACAGCAUAGUCACGCAAUAUGCAGGUUGCAUUAAUAUGGUAAACCUGCACGAUAGCAAUAUCUUUUUCUCCAUCGUAUUUGGAAUACAUCAAUCUAACGAUGAAGAUCAAUUUAAGAUCGAUGAAACUUGUAAAAACGGAAUUAUUUGCGCGAUGCAUGUACUGCAAGCAGUAAGAAAUAUUGUUGGAAUUCGAAGCGCAUUUGUCGGCGUUUCGACAGGAAUGGCUUACUGUGGCGUGAUCGGACACAUCGCUAGAAAAUAUUAUGCGAUUAUCGGACCACCUGUGAAUAAAGCCAUCAAAUUAAUGGAUAUUUCUUACAAUAAGAUUUCUUGUGACUAUGAUACGGUGUUGCAUAGCCAUUUGAACAAGAAUCAAUUUCGCUCUAGAGGCAUGAGAACAUGGAAUCAAUUGGAAAAAUAUCACGUCUACGAAUAUCUUGGCGAUAUGCCGAUAAGAAAAGAUUUCGACGCAACCUUGUCACUGGACUACUGUUAUCCUAUUUUGGGUAGGAUGCAAGAAUUGGAAUGCUUUAACGAUAUUUUAGACGAAAUUGGAGUAGCAAAUCGGCAUUAUUCUGGAUUGUUAAUCGAGGGUAGAGAAAGAUCAGGAAAAUCAAGACUUUUAGAUUCUUUUGCCAUGAGUGUUUGUAACAGACAAAUACAACUAAUCAAACUUUCCCUUCAUGUGACAUAUGCGGACAAGGCUUAUGCAGUUAUAUAUCACAUUAUUCUGCAGGCACGAAAUGUUCUAUUUCAAGCCGAUGAUAGUGACACGGUCGAAGAACGUCAAAAAGCAUUACUUCUCAAAUUAGGCGAUGUUCUUGCUUUAGAAGACUUCUGCUAUCUUAAUACCUUGCUGAGAGUUCGUUUUCCACUUUCUCACACCUACUGCUCGGACUCUGAGUGGCAACGUCACGUGAAAACUAUUAAUAUUUUCAAAACAAUACUCAAGCAGCUGAAAACUAAAAUCUGUAUUUUGCUCGACGACGUUCAGCAUAUAGACUAUACAUCCUGGCAAUUUUUGUCAUCCGCUCUUGACAAUGAUAAUGUCAUGGUGGCGAUGACGAUGUUAAAGAUAAAUUCCGGGGAAGAUUUAUCUCAGGCAAAAACGGACAUUUGCAAAGACAGUAGGAUAAAGCAACGUAUAUUGCUCGGCCUUAAUGUAGAUCUGCUUCCGGCACUCACGUGUCAGUUUUUAAAUGUUCUCGCUAUACCCAGAACAUUAAGCAGGUACUGCUACCUCUUGUUUUUAUACAGCUAACGUGCUACGAUAUACAUUAUAUUUGCAGUUUGGAAUUUUGCGUUAGAGUGUAAGCAAAAUUUGGAAUUAAUUCAGUGUAGCUUCGAAGUUUCCUUAAAUGAGAAUACAAUUUUUGUUAGGGUUUUACAGAAACGUAAAGACGGUUACAUUGGAUGGUGCGAGUUGUACUUAACGUUACUUCUUCAGAAUAACAGUUUGGCUUUCAUCGAGAUAUCGCCUAACGAGGCGAAACAGCACGAUCUCAUUUUUCCAGACGCCUCUUUGGUAACGAAGCUGCCGAUUGAUUUAACACCGGAAGAACUUGCGCCACCUUCCACCUGGUCACAGAUGAGCCAUUUGAACGUCUGUGUCAUGAGCGGCAAUUAUUUCAAAAUGUUCGACACAAAUCGCAGUCUAAAAGGCAAAUUUUGGCAUCUCGUUGACACGUUAAUGGAACACAUACUUACAUGCAGCGCUAUUUUAUUUGAUACAGAAUUGGUAAGGGAAAUCUACAACGGAAUGAAUCCGUAUGAGCAAAGUUUAAUUACUUGUGCUGCUACAUUAGGCUUGGUAUUUAAGCGAAAUGCGCUACAAAAUGUAAUGCUCAAUGAAAUUCCACCGCACACCACUAACGCCAUUUCACAGAUGUUCCGAAUACGUAUAUUAGAAUGCGCUGCACUUCAGCGACGAGACUUUCGCACUGACAUUCUUAUCUUUUGUAUAGAUAAGAAGCGAAGCACGUUUUCUGAUAUGCACCAUUUGCAGUUUUGCCAUUGCAAUCUUUCACAACAAUCUGCUCCUGGUCAAUGUAAGAUAUUGGAGUUCAAAUAUACUUUAUUUUACAACUUAAUAUAUGACAUGCAAUCAAAUGAGGAAAGGAAAGAGCAUCACGCGAGAGCAGUUAGAAUAUACAGCCGGGAUGCUCAAAAAUGCAAUUGCUGCGAUGGCGGUAGAUUUUUGAGAAUUCCCAGCAAGGAUAUAAUAGUGGAGAAAGAAGAUAGCGUAGAAAUUUCCCAAAUAUCAAUGGGUCGUAAGCGAACAUAUAUCGGAGAUCAAAAUGAUAAAUCGAGUAAAAGACGAAGUAUAUUUUUUGCGAGAAGAAUUGUCGCGGCGAAGAAACAAGAACCUACUGUUACUCGUAGAGUAUCCAUCAUGCCAACACAUCUGGAUAACGCAGAAGAAAAAGGUUGCGCAGCACGCUAUCAUAAUCCAUUUACUGCUUCAAAAUUCAUCAUUUUAUUAUAUAUUUUUACAAUAGUUUCGAAAAAUCAAGGAAGUAAAGAAAGCAUAACAAGUGAGUCGCUAAAAUUUUGGAAACGACAAACGAGCAUUGCUCCGAAAGCGACGGAAGAACCUUUAAGUCAUUUAGAAGAAUUUAGCCACAUCGAUUAUCGUGAUUGUCAAUGCGACAGUAUCAUUAGUUAUCUUUUUUGGAAAUUGCACAAGCAUAUUGAGCAGAGUGGAGAUACUGAUGAAGUGAUUAAUUUUCUUUUGGAGUACAGUAGCGGACUGAUACAAACUGCGCAAUCACUUUACGCCGUCAAACUUCUUUUAAUUGCCGCUGAAAAAAACGAGGCUGCCGAAACGAGCGCGCGAAUAGGUGAUCACGAGAACAUUAUCACGAAUAAAGGAAUCAUUCUAGCUCUAACAGCUGGAAUGCGAAAAUUGCGAAGUAGUAUAAAUAGGAAAGAUAACUCCGAGGUCAGUGUUGGUCAGUAUGUUGGUUGUCAGGUUGUCGAACGGACGCGAAUGUACGCUAUUGGGAGAUUGCUUGAUGGAUUUUGUACAUGCGAUGCAUACAGUGAACUGGGAAAUUACGCGGAGGCUAAAAAGUGUUAUACAGAGGCAAUGAAAUUGCGAGGUACUCCACCCAAAACGAACAAAGCCGCCUGUUAUAACAUAAAAUUGAAAAUGUAUUACAGAUUGCAAAAUCUUCCUCGUUAUACGGUUAAUAAUAGGCCGAGACAACUCGCUGUGAAAAAUUUGGAACUUGCGUCAUACAUGCGGCGAGUUUGCGUUAUGUACCUGAUGGAAGACAAAUUAAAGAUAGCGCAGUUAUUUGCCUUGAGAAGUUUCAAGCUCGCAUUUUUAUAUUUCGACAGUUUUCUAGAGAAAGGCAAAAUAUAUCUCGUGACGGUUCGAGUGUUGCAUCGUACUAAAAAUAUUAAGUUGAUACGACAUAUUGAGAGAUCGAUGCUGACUGUAAUAAACAAAAAAUUCAACUGGAAUGACGUUGAAGAACUAGUAAUGGUGGCCAAUAUCUAUCUAACAAUGUAUCAAAUUAGAGCAUUAAGAGGUGAAUUAGAAGAAGCUGUAGAUAUGGGCGUCAAAGUGCUGAAAAUAUGCGGAGCGUUCCAUCAUGAUAAAGUGAUGCUAAAUAUUAUGCCGUCGUUAAUUCAGAUAAUGCUAUGGACCAAACGUAUUAACGAGGCUGUCGAUCUGAUGCGAGAGUUGUACUUUCUAGCAGAGGACGACGUAGACUUGUCAUCCAAGACAUGGUAUUACGCUCUUUCUUUAGAAUUCAUACUGGACGCGGGAAUAGUACUGGAAUCAUAUCAGACGUCUUAUAACUAUUAUAUGAAUAUAGUUCAUAAGUCGAAAUCAUACGUAUGGCGUGAUCCAGAAAGUUUGUACCGUUUAUCGAUAUGCCUGGGUAUAUAUCAACUUAGAAUGGGAUAUACCGUUACGGUUAAUGCAUUUGAGCACAGAACGGAAGAAUACACGAAGGAUAUUAGCUGGGAUCACUUUUCCCGAAUUUUCUCUUGUAGUAAAAGGCUUGAAUAUUAUUUGUUAACAUUGCUGCGUCACAUUAAUAUAAAGCAUUCAAAUCAGCUGCUCGAUCUGAUUGAAGAUAUUUACAAAGUUAUCAAAUGUCUGAAGAACGUUUCUAAUAAGACAAUGAUUGUAAAACCGCAUUUCUAUCUGCUGAUGGCAUACUUGAAUGUUCUUCGAGGUCGCAAAUCGACUACGCAACACUAUUUGCAUGAAGCGCAGAAAUUCGCGACCUCGCAAGGAAACAAACUGAUAAUGGCAUGGAUCAUGCAGAAUAGAAGGACGUGGAAAAAGAAAAUUUAUAAUAAUAUGGCGCGAUACUGGUUGGAAUACAUUGGAUCCGCAGAUAUUGUGGCUUGGCAGUACAUUCGUGACUUUAACAUCGACAUCUGGUCCACUAUUCUUUAUUCUUUACCGACGCCUGAUUCAUAUUUAUAGCCGAAAAUACGAAAAUAUAUCUUAUCUAUUAUCAUAUCGUUAUC